UUUCCCAGCCAUUCGCUUCCCUCCCCGUGCCUUCCCUCUCCUCCAGAGCUCCCAGCAUCCCCCCAGCAUCCCCCCGGCAUCCCCCCGGCAUCCGAGCCCCGGCAUCCUCCUCCGGCCGCGCCGAUGCUGAGCAUGGAAAGUUUCGCUGGGGCGAGAGCCCUGGGCGAGGAGUCCUUGCAGAUGUGGGACCUCAACAAGCGGCUGGAGGCCUACCUGGCCCGCGUCAAGUUCCUGGAGGAGGAGAACGAGGUGCUGCGAGCCGAAAUCCAGAGCGCCAAGGGCAGCCCCGCCGGGGAGUCGUGGAGGGCGAAGUACGAGGAGGAGCUGCGAGCCCUGAGGGAUGCCCUGGAUCACGCCUUCAGGGAGAAGUGCACGGCCGAGCUGGCCAGGGACAACCUCUACGAGGAGGUCCAGCAGGUGAAGAGCAGGUGCCAGAAGGAGCAGGCGGCCCGAGAAGAAGCCAAGAAGCAGCUCUCCUUGAGCAGGAAGGAGCUGGAGGAGGAGAGGAGGGCGCAGAUCUGGCUGAAGGAGAGGGCCGUGCAGCUGGAGAAGGAGGUGGAAGCCUUGCUGGAGGUGCAUGAGGAGGAGAAAGCGGGGCUGGACCAGGAGAUCGCCAGCUUCUCACAGAGCCUGGAGAGCUUCCGCUGCGCCCCGGUGGCUUUCCAGCCAGUGGAGGUGGAGGACUACUCCAAGAGGCUCUCGGAGAUCUGGAAAGGGGCGGUGGAGACCUACAAGACGGAGGUGUCGCAGCUGGAGGGUUCCCUCUGCCAGGCCAAGGAGAACCUCUGGAAGGCGGUGGAGGACAACCAGCAGAGCCAGCUCCAGCUGCAGCACCUGGAGAAGGACCUGGCGGGGCUCAAAGCGCGGAAAGAGAUGCUGGAGGAGAGCCUGGCCCGGCAGUGGCAGGAGCAGCGCGGGGAGGCAGAGAAGUUCCAGGUGGGUGAAGGCGAUCUGAAGCUGGAGGUGAGCGGUGGCACCAAGUUGUCACCGGCGGGGGCCGAGGCCAGGCGGCUGCUGCCCCGGGACCACCGAGCCAGCCCCUCCAUCUUCCCCAGGGCGGAGGGGAGGGGGCAACCCCCCAAAGCCCAGAGCGAUGCUCUGACACCCAAAAUCCAGACCCCCAGCGCCAGGGAGCUCCAGAAAAUCACGGCCCUCCAUGCCACGGCACCGCAAGCCAGGGAGGGGGGUGCCCCCGGCCACCCCACACCGAGCCCCUCGCUGCCCGGCAAAGCCCCUUCUCUCUCCCUGGACCCCCCCAGCCCUCUGCCACCGGAGCCAGGGAGCCCAGAGGGUGAAGGUCCUGCCUGGCCAGGAGGAGAUGGGGGUGAGAUGAGCCAAGGGAAGGAGCAUCCUCCCCCCGGAGCCGCGGUAGAGACCCACGAUGCCAGCCCCGAGCCCCCCGGAGCGGUGCCCACCCUGCGGUACCCAGCCCAGCUGGUCAGCGAGGCGCUGGAGGAUGCUCUCAAGGAAAUGAAGGACGAUGCUCAACCCAAAGAAGAGCCCACACUCAGCGCUGCGUGGGUCCCCCAGGAUGCCCAUUCCCCCCCCAGCCCCAUUCCCCCCAUAGAGGCUCGGAGAGGAGAUGAGGAAGGGCAAGCCCCCUCCAAGGAUGGUGAAGCCCCAGAAGAAGAGGAGAGGGCUGUGGAAACCAUGUUCCAGGGGCUGGGUGCGGGACCACAUCCCGGCAGCACGGGUGUUUCCCUAAACCGGGAAGAGACAGGACCAUGGGAGGAGGAGGUGCCCACUGUACUGACCCCAAGGGAACCAGAAGUGGUGGCCCAGGAAGAGGACACAAGUGGCCCUGGCCAGACGGGGACAGGCCUGGAAGAGCCAGAGCGAGGGGAGGAUGAGGAGGAGGAGACCCCAAGAAUGGAGGUAUCUCACCCCUCGGAGGAUGAGGAAGAGAGGGGACCCAGCAGCCCCUACGAGGAUGAUGAUGAUUUCCAGGGUGAGGGGAUGGAUGAACAAGAAGAGUCCCCACAAAGAGAAAUCGAAGCUGCCAUUGCUGUCCCCAUGGAAAGCCAGCCGGGAUUGCCGGUGGAAAGUCACCUGGAAGAGGACCUUGUUGAUGGAGAACAGGAAAAGUUUGAGCAUCAGGAAAUGCCCGUGUGCGAGAUGGAUCUGGCUGCAGAGGAGGGAAGUGGGCAGGAGACAUGGCCAGGGCAGGAGAUGUGCCUGGAGCAGGAGCCCUCGAGCAUCCAUGAGGCCAUCCCAGCAGAAGAAGCUUCAUCAGGGGCUGAAGAAGAUGUCGUGGGAGGGGAGGACACAGGCAGAGCAGAAGAUGGUGAGGGAGAAAAGGGAGAGGCCAGCAGGGAGGUGCUGGGAGGGGAAGACCCCCAGGCAGGAGAGGCUGAGGGACCUGAAGCCCUGGGGCAGGAGAGAGGAGCCCAGGAGGAGCCUGAGGACCUGCAGGAGAAUGGCUUUAAGGAAGAAGUGCAGGAGCAGGAGGAGCUGGAGCCGGAGCUGGGAGAGGAGCCCUGGGCUGGGAGGGACAAUGGCAGCAGCCAAAAGGCCCCUCCAGAGGACUGGGAGGUGACAGCAGAGGACACAGAAGGGGCUCUGGGGGCAGAAGAGCCAGGCUGGGCAGAUGACACCCCGACAAGCGCAGGAGGGCUGGAAAGUGAGGAGAGAGAUGCCAGCGUGUCACCAGCAGAGCUGGAGGAAACCCGGGAAGAAGAUGAAGAAGAAGAUGCUGAGACCCAGGGGACGAGCCAGCAGCAGCCACCAACGGAGGCUGAGCUGGCCCCGGGGCUGGCGAGGGAUGAGGAGGAGGUCACCGAGGAGCAGCCUGACCAGGCACCUGAUGAUGCCACUGGGCAAGUGGACAGCCAGGAGCCCACUGAGGCUCUGGAGGAACCAUGGGAGGUGCAGGAUGAAGAUGCCGAUGAUGAGGUCAACUUGGACCCAGGACAGCCAGAGAGAGACAGCACCGUCCCCGCGGCACUUCAGCAGGCACCGGGUGAUGGCACGGAGAGCGGUGAGUUGGAGGAGGGAGAGGAGGAUGGAGAUGAAGGGCGAUGGGGAGAGCUGGAGGAGGCACCAGGGAUGGGCAGGAAGGUGGAGCUGGAGGACACGCUGCCCGACAGCACGCCCUUGCGCCUCUACCAAGGGGAGAUGCUGGCUGUGGUCUCACCCGGCCAAAUCCCUCCGGAGACUGAGGAGGAGACCACGGAGGCAGCCCCCGCAUCCCAAACAGCUCCGGAGGAUGAAGGGUGGGACAAACCACCAACUCCCACCGUGCCAGAGAGCUGUGAAGAGGAGGCAAGGCUGGAGGUAGCCCCCACGGCAGAGGGUGCCGAGGAGGAGGAAGGCUAUUUCAUGGUCUCUGCUCCCAACCAAGAGGUUUCCAGCUCGGAGGAAGCCGAGAUCACCGAGGACUUUGAAGAAAUUAAAGUUGAAGCAACCGAAGCCAGCAAAGAUGGUCUGGAAGCUGCCAGAGAAGCAUCUCCCGUGGCAGAGGACGAAGGGCACUUUGAGGCAUUCGUUGGUGAAGCAGACGAAGAAGUGAAGAUGUCCACGGAAGAACCUGAGGCACCAAAGGAUGAGGAUGAGGAUUUUACUGCUGAGCUGGAGGAAGGCUCAGCUGUGCCCGAGGAGGAUCCCAGCUCCCUCGGGGCUGCGGGGUCGUUAGCAGGAGGCACUGACGAGCCAGCCCAGGGUGCCACAGGCUCUGAUGUGCAGGAGGGAGCAGGGAGCUCAGAGGGUUUGGCUCCUGAAUCAGACGAGGAGCUCGAUGGCGAGGUCGAGCUGGAGACCGACGCCGGCAGAGCCGAAACACUCCCGGGGCUGGUGGGGCAGGAGGAGAAGGAGGAAGAGGAGGAAGAGGAUGACAAUGAGGAUCCCUGCACGGCUCACCAUGAUGUGGCCGAGCCCAUCCCUCCAGCAGAGCUCCAAGCCCAGGUGAUGCCAGCUUCUCCACCACCCGACCACGCGGUGCAGACAUCAGAUGAGCAGCCACCUGAGGAGGAGGAAGCACCAGACGGUGACAGAGCCCCCCCAGCCAGGGACGAGGAGCCCCCCGAAGCCAACCCCCCUCAGCCAGAGCCAGGAGAUUUUCCAGAGAUGAUUAAAGAAAGCCCAGAGGGGGAUGACCCCGCUGCAAAGGCGCCGGCAGACGACAUGAAAGACUCGGAUAUUUUGGAAAUAGUCGAGCAAGCCCUGGAGUUCAACCAGGAGCUGGUGAUGGGGGGGAGGGUGGCCGAGGGAGGGAAGCAGGAUCCCGGUGAGACCGAGCAGCUCCCCCGGGACGCCGGGGAAGACUCCUCACCCGCCUCCUCCAGCGAGGAGGAGCCCACGGUGCAGGAGGCACCGGUGGAGGUGGCACCGGGGACGGAGGGUCCGGUUCGGGCUGAGAACGGGCUGCACCGGGAGGCCAGCCUGGAGGACCUGGCCGAAUUCACCGAGGAGGUGCCAAACGGCAUCACCGGCUUCUCCCCGGCACCGGAGUUCCCCGCCGAGACCCCAGACCCCACCGGGGGGAUGUCUCCUGCUCCCGGCGAUGCCACCACCGCCAAGCUGGCCGAUGCCACCCCCCGUGGCAAGCACGGUGGGGCCGACACCGUCCCCGUGACGUCCUCCCUGGGGGACGAUGGCUUGUGCCUCGUGCCCGACCAGCCACCGGCGUGUCGGCUGCGAGCCGAGCAGGAGCCCUGGUCCUCAGGGGACGAGUGACAC